AUGGACUCAGCCGCCGGAAGCCGUCUUGUCCAACAACUCCAAGCCGAAUCGCAACGACAGAAGUUCACCGAACAGGUCAGCACCCUGACUUCCCGAUGCUGGGACAUCUGUUUCAACGACAGCCGGCCUCCCGCCAAAAUGGACGGAAAACACUCGGGAUGCCUAGCCAAUUGUGUUGAUCGCAUGCUGGAUGCUUCACAGUUCAUGGUCGACCAUCUCCAAAACUCCCAGCUUGCCAAAUAG